AUGGCCAUGCAGCAGCAGGCCUCGCAGCCCUCGCCGCAGCCGUCCGCGGGGCAGCAGAUGUCGCAGCCGUCGCAGCAGCGCGGGUCGGCGGCGCGCGCCGCCAAGCCGCGGCCCAAGCGCCCCUACAAGCCGCCGCACCAGGUGGCGCAGGAGCGCAAGCUCAAAGACGAGGCCAAUGACUACAUCCGCCGCCUGGAGCAGCAGCUGGGCAAGGCGCGCAGCGAGCUGGAGCGGCUGCAGCGCGACAACACCACGCUGCAGCGCAAGGCGGUGGUGCUGUCCAAGCACUCCAGCUUCCGGCGCUGCGCCGCGGGCAUGGUGCAGGAGCUGCAAGAGAGCAUGACGCUCGGCGAGCAGCUUCAGUCGAUGGACUGCAGCCAGCAUGUGUUGGAUGCUGCGGAGAAGGGCCUGCCGGAGCCGCAGGUGCUCGAGUACCUGCGCAAGAUGACCAGCUCCGAUGCGGUACAGCACUACAACAGCGUGGUGGCGCGGGUGCGCGCCCUGCUGCAGCAGCUGGACCAGGGGCCCGACCCGGAGGUUGCGCAGCAGCAGCUGGAGGACAUCUUUGCGCUGAGGGAGAGGGCGAGCACUUUUGGGUACCUGCAAGUCGUCAACCCGCCGGUGUAUGCGGAGCUGAUGCAGGCAAAGCUGGACCCCGACAGCCCCGUCGAUCGCUGCGACCCCGCCCACUGGCGCGCUGUGCUGGCAGCCAUGGGCCUGAGCGAGGAGCAGGAGUCGCAGCUCAUCCUGCUGCUGCAGUCCUACCUGCAGCAGAGGGAGCAGGUUGUGCAGCGCAAGAGCAAGGUGAUGCAGCAGUUGGCAGAUGAGCUUUCGAGCGACCUGCUGAGCCUGGAGCUUAGCCAGGACGGCAGCACCGAAGUGCUGGCGGAAGAGGACAGCGCCGGCGACGAGGAGGAGGGCGGCGGCGGCGGCGGCGUGCAGCGGCAGCCCAGCGCCAACGCCAAAGCGCAGCAGGCCAAGGAUGAGCUCGACCGCCUCGUCCAGCUCGAGUACUGGCUCAAGUUCGACUUCACGGGCUGCGUGCGCAAGCUGCUGCCGGCGCAGCAACAGGCGCUGUGCAUGGUCCAUUCCUGGCCUUUCUACCCCGACCAGAAGCAGAUUGAGGGCGCCAUCAAGGAGAAGGCGGGGCCGCUGUGGGAGCAGCUGGCCCGCAGUGCUGCGUGA